ACAAUGUGCCGAAUGCAGAGUUUUUAUUUUUGAAAAUUUAAACGUCUUUGUAUUUAUUACAUGGUUAAACGUGCAUAAAAGUUUUAGAAUUUACAAUCUUAAGAAGUUUCUAGCUUUCAAUACAAGGUCUGUUUUAAAUAUCUAUUUGUGGAUAAAAUCGACAGUGCAAUGGAGUUUGUCGAAGGAGUACCGGUAACUUUUAGAGAGAUCGCUCCAAAUCUCAAUAUCCCAGAGAAAUGGAAGGAAGUGGUGCUUAAUACUGGAGGCACCCAUAGUACACUACAAGAUAUAAAACUCCCUCAGAAAGCCGGAGGUUAUUGGUAUGAGGACUCUAAAAAGACCAACACUAGAAAUAGGUUUAUCUUUUGGCAAACAACACCAGAUGCUAUUGAAUUGUCAGAAGCUUCCUUAGAUGUGAACUUGUCUGGGGCAAACUUAAGAUGCAAAGUUGCUUCAGGGACACCCCCACUUAAUAAUCUUUCUUUUUAUGAAAGAAAUUCUCAGGAGCUAGUUGUUUUGGCUGCCACAGUUUCAUCCGUGCAUAGACUGAUAUUUCCACAUCCUGACACAUUGGACAAAAAGUUUGGCUCAAUUACCAGCACAUCACCAUCAGUAUUUUAUGACACUUCAUUGAUCAACAAUCCCAACAACUUCUACAUAUUGACCCAACAUACAAUACCAAAUACUGGUGUAGCGCACACAUGCUCCUCGUUGUUGCGUGAUAAUGGAGAGGCAGUGUUUGCUCUUGCAUUUGGCUAUGGUGGGGAAGGAGGACUGCUGUUGGUCAAGUUACCUACAACAGGCUCAGCAAUAACUAUGCCACUUAAAAGAGAAUCGGCUGUACCAAGAUUUCUAUCUGGCUUAACUGGAGCUUUAAGGGGCAAAAGUGGUAGCGAUGGUAUAGAGACAUAUGGCGUGGUUCUUACGAACAACCUGUCUGUGGCUAUAUGUGGGGACUCUUGUCUGAGAGUGUGGCAGAUAGACGAAGGUGGUUCUCCAACAGUUGUGUCUCCACCCCUGUCACAAACAGUUGACAAACCAAAGCCGCCUCCUCAUGGUCACAUGCUGCAAUACACUGUUGGCUCAGAUGGAGGGGUCAUAUUAGUUGCAUACCUGUCAUUCCCAAAUGAAUGUGAAUUUGUCGUAAUGAGGAUGCACAAUGCAGGCGCGGGCGUUGUCAAGUUUGCAACCAUUUGUCACAUUUAUGGACCUCAGCUUGAUCUUUUAGAUUACACCAUAGGAUAUGGUGAUGGUAACCAUGUGAUUUGGGCUCUAUGGACUCAGCCUGAUGGAGAUGCAGUCGUAACAAGUGCGGCCGUGUGCGGCGGCGCGCGAUGGCGGGCGGUGGCGGCGCGCGCGGCGGCCCCCGCACUGCCGGUGCUCGGCUCGCACGCUCAGUACCGCGAUAGAGUGCUCGCGCCCGGACUAUUCCCGCCCGCCGUACUCAAUAAGGCGCUAGUGAUAUACCGUCGUACAUGGGGCGGCGGCGACUCGGGCCCGGAGACGGAUCUGAGCGAGGCGUGCCUCAACGCGGUGCAGACGCGCCUGAGGAACCUCACCGCGCGGUCCAAUAACGCGGACCAGACGCAUCUCAUGCAUAAGUGCUGGUCAGAUCUGUACAGCUGGUGCAUGCAGUACAUGGAAGGGCUUCAGAAACCACUUGGCCUUAUGGUGUCCAAGCAUACGGGUCGCGCGGCGUGCGCGGCGGGCGGGUGGUGGUGCGCGCUGGUGCGGCGCGCGGGCGUGUCGCUGGUGCGUGAGCUGGAGCCGCUCGAGCGCAUGAUGCUGUCGCCCGAGUCUACACUUGCCGACGCACUCUCAGGUGUAGAGGGGUGUGGCGGGGCGGGGUCGGCGGGCGUGUCGGAGAGCGCGGCGCGCGUGGUGGUGGCGGGCGCGCGGUGGGAGCGCGCGCUCGGUGCGGGCGCGGCCGAGCUAGAACGCCGACUGUUCGCGGCCGCGGCGCCGCAGCAUCGCCUGUUACCGCGGUUACUGCAUCUGCUGCUAGCACCCGCGCCUAACAACGACAAUACGCAGGCCUUAACACCACAACAAAUAGAAGAAAUAACAUCUGUUCUGGAGCCAAUUAAGGACAUUCAAAACGCGGUACUUGAACUAAACGAUGCGAUUCGAUUGGAUGUCCCAGAAAUCGACACGACCAAAGACGAUGAAGAGGACACGAGCGAGUACGACAACCUGUUCGCCAGCGAUCUCGGCGUGUCCAUUGUCACGGAGACGAUACGACAAAUGGCUGAGAUGCGGUCGCGUGUAGUGCGCGGCGCGUUGUGUGCAUUGGGUCUGGCGCGCGGCGCCGGCGAUGUGCCAGGCGCGGGACACUGCGCCGUGCACUGGCAGGCCUACCGCGCGUUGCUGUGGUUACGCGCCGCCAAUCUCGCUCCCACCAGUCCGGCAGGCUCGGAACUAUUUCGUCUGAAGCUGACGGCGCUGGGCGACGUCGGCGGGGCGACAGGGGCGUCGCCGGUUAGCGUUGGGGGCGGGGCUGCGGGAGCGUACUGUGCCGGCGCGGGCGGGCGACGCGCGCGGGCACACCUCGCGGCCGCGCGGGCCCCUACAAGUUGGCAUCAAGCUCUGCCACUAAUCACCUACCAUCUCGCUCAUCAACUCUGGGCGGUGAGCGGCGGGUUCGAGUUCGGGUGGUGGCUGGCGAGCAUCAACCAGCCGCGCCUCGUGCAGUCAUACGUCAACAUGCUCGAGCCCUGGUGCGAGUGGAACGCCUGCUCGCGUCAAUUCAUCCUGGGUCUAUCACUCCUAGAGCUGAGUGAAUGCGAGGGCGCGUACACGUCGUUCUGUCGCGCGGCUAAGGGCGUGAGCACGGAGCCCUUCCUGCGAGCGCUAGUCGCCACGCCCUCCGCCAGGCUCACGCAGCACCAGGCCCUUGUGCUGUAUUAUAUGAAGGUUAUCAAGUUGUUUGAGAUCCACGACGCGGGCGCCUGCGUAGUCCGGCUGGCGGAGACGGCCAUCAGUAUUGCUGAUAAGGAUGAUCCCAACUUGGCCAUGUUUCAAUGGGUGGUGUUCAAGUGGCACUUAGCGGGCGGGCGCGUGGAGCGCGCGCUCGGCGCCGCCGCCGCCACUGCGCCGCACGCGCGCGCCGCUGCCGCCGCCGCGCUACUUACUACGCUCGGUGAACGUCGUCAGCUUGGCGCUUUAGUGCGCUGCGGCGCGUUAGCGGGCGAGGCGGAGCGUGCCGCGGAGACGCGCGCGCGAUUGCACGACGUGCCCGACAACUGCUAUUAUGACUUCUUAUACGCUCUGCAUAUUUCGCGACACCAUUAUCGAAAAGCGGCGGCAGUGAUGUACGAGCGAGCGGCGCGGUGCCUGGCGGAGCGCGGGCCGCCGGCGCUGCGACGGCGGUGGUUGGCCGCGGCGCUGACGUGCCUGCGCCUGCAGCCACCUGACCACGCCUUCCUCGCGCGCCCCGCCCCCGCCGCCACGCCCAAUUCCGCGCCACAGGUCAUCGGACCAGAGGAGCUUGCUGCAGAAUUACGCGCUGAAGAUCCAGACAUGCUGGAUCCAGUUCAGCAAGCUUUACUCAGAACAGAAAAAAUAGAUUUCGACAGCCUUUACAAUAGUCUCAAGGAAGCGGACUGCCAGACGUUACUAGCAAUCACCCAAAAAGCGAUCAACAAUGGCCAGUUUUUACCACACUGGUUCCUGCAGAAAUUCAUGGAGGUGGAGUCCGCGUGGUGCGUGCGCGCGCUGACGUCUGGCGGGCGUGUCGUGGAGGCGGCGCAGGCGUGUUGCGGCGCGCUGCGGGCGAGCGCCACGCGACUCCCCCCGCCCCACCCCGCGCCCGCCGCCGCGCCGCUCGCGCUCGCAGACCGCCUGCUGCUCGAGAUGAGAGAACAGCCGCAGCGCCCACCGCUCGGCGAGGCAUAUGAAGAAUUAAAAUCAACUGUCGAAGAGUACACAAAAAUAGUUAUAAGAACCUCCGAAGAUAUGAAGCUUGCGCAAAUGGAUUGUGGCGUGGUUAAUUAAAUUUCAAAUAAAACAAUUUCUUUUUAA